AUGUGUAGCUCUGACACCGAAGAUCAAUUCCACGAUGCGUCCUCGGUAGGACCCUCCGAGUCUGUGACCGAGCACAGCGACUCAGACGACGCGACGCCCCAGCCACCAGCCGCCGCCAAGGAGAAAAAUCCGGCAUACAAGCAGCUUCAGCGCGCCCCCGACGACCCGCUAUAUUUUACCGAAACGCUCACGCGUCACUGGGCCACGGGAAGGAUCAAGGAGCUUCUGGAUUCGCACAUCGAGGGUUACCGCGCCGCGCGCGGCCAGAGCACCACGCGCGCGCGCGACUACAUAGAUACGGUGACGAAUGAAUACUUCGCGCUUGUGCCUUGGCGCAACAAGGUCUCUGAUCCCAUCCCGGACAAAUCCCCAGACGCUGUCGAAGACCUCACCGAGAUCGAGGCGGCGCAGAAGGCUGCGAAAAUCAAGUCGAUGAAGGCUACAAUAAAGGGCUGGUACGACAAUCGCGUCAAAAGUAUCAGAAGCGCUGGGCGACCCGGCAACAAGGAGAACGACGUCUGGACGCGUCUCUUGAAGCAGCUGGCUGGCGUCUCUCAGACGAAGCCCAAGAGGCUCUCGCCAUCUCAGCGCUGGUCUAAGGACCAUUACAGCGGCGCCGUCAAAGUCGACUUCGAGGCUCGAUGGGCUCUCAAGAAGAACGAACUUGGCGACAACCAUCGCGCGCAGUUCCGAGAGUCUGUGACCAGCGAACAUUUCGCUAGGCUCUCUCUCGCGGAGCAGGCGGUAUGGGCGACCAAGGCGUCGGAUGAACACAAAAUCGAGCUCACAAAUUGGCAAACCGCACUCAAAGCCCCAAUCGACACGUCUCCAGAGGGGCGACAGUGCGCUAUUGACAAUCUCCCUGGAUUCAUUGGCCCAAUACUCGAAGGAAUCCGGGAGUACACCGGAUUACAAGCCAGUUUUUUCGGCGGAGGUCCAGAGCCCCGGAAAGGAGGGCGGCUCAACAUCAUCACUACGCACGAGGGCGGCAAUCUUGCUGCCACCCCUUUGAACUGGCAGGCGUCAAACCCCGCAGCGUUCAAGGUGGUUCAGAAGCUGUACCUGACCUACCUCAAAACGUGCUAUACGCCGGCAACGAUGGCGGCGUGCGCGCUCAAGAACUCAAAGGAGGUGGUCUCCGAAGCGAUGCUGGCCAAGCUUCUGUCGAUGGACGGCGACGAAGGGCUCGGUCCCGACAUCGCUUCCGGCUCAUCGACGAGUCCCUCCGAGUCUUCAUCUUCGCGCCCUGCGCAUGCGUCUCCUCUCCCGCCGGUGUCUACCCCUAAACCCCAUCCACCUCGGUCGAGUACUCCUAUACCGCCGUCGGAUCUACCUCCUAACGCGAUCGCGACGAUCGCCGACACUACACCUAAAAGGGAUAGCCCACCUGCGGGCCGCGCAACCGCGGCAGACCGCAAAGCAAAGCGCAAGGUAUCCUCUAUCACCUCGGAGGAAGCCUCUGACUCGAAAGCAACGGAGACGAACGACGACGGCGAUACAACACCCCGGCCGGUUAAGAGACCGUACAAUACACGUCUUCGCGAUGAACCCGAAGCCAGCACCAUUGCCAACGCUCCGCGCGCGGCCUCGGAAGCCCCGACGGAGACGCUGUCGGACAAGGCUAUUCCUAUAAGACUCCCAAACAAUCGUCGCAGGGGUCUUGCCAGACCCGCCGCUGCGACCACUGAGCUCGUUGCGUCGAGUGACAAAACAUCGCAGUUCGUCGUCGGCGAUAAGCCCGACCCGCGGACUGGCGUAGACGCCUCCGCAAAAGUACAUCUGUCGAACCUCGAUCUCGCAGAUGGUGCACCUCAGUGGUUCUGCAAGGCGUUAGACUACUUGAGAGCUGCAGACUCCCUGCCUUCGGCCGACCGACAGAAGGUCAGUCAGGGUAAGAAGAGUGAGAUCAGCGAUCGGCAAGGUUGGACUCUCCCGCUCGCAUACACUCACCUUCUCGAGGAGUAUCUCGUUCUCGAGAAGUCUUCGGACUUCAGUCAUGGGAAGGGUUCAGCCACCGCGUUGGAGACUCAGCACAGGCCCGAUCAGAUCGCGACGUGGAUCAAAAACGGCCGCGCUUCAUCUUGCCGUCCUACUCUGCGCGACCCCCAGCAGUUUGCGAAGGGCUGGUGGGCGUGGUGGGCUCACAUCCAGCCCCAGUGGCGACACAUUGCCGCACCUUCCGACUCUGUAGCACCUCGGCUCUCUCGGGAGGAUGGUGACUGGUCAGCAUUUGAUAAACCCGGGCAAAACGGGUUCUUGUCGGUGAUAGUAGCGCUGAAAUGGUGGGGCUCUGAGACCUCCGAGUCUAGUAAGGACCCUCUCUGGGAGGCAGCUGCUGAGGACGUCCGUUGGGUAAUGGGCUGCGUCGCGCAAUCUCGUUCUCCAGCUGAGCAGUCGAUUGUUCCCCGUGGUGCUUCGGGAUCAGUUCCGAAGAAGCGUCGCCGUCAAGCAUGA